CUCUCCACCGGGAAAUCGAAGCCCUCGCGCUGGGAGCCGAGCCGGAGGGAAGGCGGUGGAGAGAUGAUUGCAGAGUUGGUGAGCAGCGCUCUGGGGCUCGCCUUGUAUCUCAACACCCUAAGCGCGGAUUUCUGCUAUGAUGACAGCCGUGCUAUCAAGACUAAUCAGGACCUUCUCCCAGAAACGCCAUGGACGCACAUUUUCUACAAUGAUUUCUGGGGGACUCUUCUAACCCACAGUGGCAGCCACAAGUCCUACCGGCCACUCUGCACGCUUUCUUUUCGCCUGAACCAUGCCAUCGGAGGGCUGAAUCCCUGGAGCUACCAUCUUGUCAAUAUCCUACUGCAUGCGGCCGUCACUGGUCUCUUCACGAGCUUCUCCAAGAUACUCCUUGGGGACGGAUACUGGACCUUCAUGGCGGGCUUGAUGUUCGCCUCUCACCCCAUCCACACAGAGGCCGUGGCAGGAAUCGUGGGCCGGGCCGAUGUCGGGGCCAGUCUUUUCUUUCUCCUCUCCUUGCUCUGCUACAUUAAACACUGCUCUACCAGAGGCUACUCAGCCAGGACGUGGGGCUGGUUCCUGGGGACAGGGCUGUGUGCGGGAUGCAGCAUGCUGUGGAAGGAACAAGGAGUGACUGUUCUCGCAGUCUCAGCAGUUUACGAUGUCUUCGUCUUUCACAGGCUGAAAAUGAAACAGAUCCUACCUACCAUUUACAAAGGGAAGAAUUUGUCUCUUUUCCUCAGCAUGAGUUUGUUAACUCUCUGGGGGACUUCCCUUUUGGGUGCCCGUUUAUACUGGAUGGGAAACAAACCACCGAGCUUUUCCAACUCUGACAACCCAGCUGCUGAUUCUGAUAGUCUCCUGGCUCGCACACUCACCUUCUUCUACUUGCCAACCAAGAACCUCUGGCUGUUACUCUGCCCUGAUACCCUCAGUUUUGAUUGGUCAAUGGAUGCCGUGCCUCUGCUCAAAACAAUUUGUGACUGGAGAAACCUACACACUGUGGCCUUCUAUAUUGGACUCCUCCUUCUUGCCUACUGUGGUUUAAAGAGCCCAAGCGUGGAAAGCGAAUACUAUGGGAAAUUUGUAACAAAUGGCAAGCAGAAUGCAAAUGGACAUAGCUGCCAUUCAGAUGUGGAGUACCGGAACUCAGAGAUUAAGCCCAGCUUUGCAUCCAAAGUAGAAAAUGGCAUUAAAAAUAAUGUACCACAGACAACACCACUUCCUUCUACAGAGAACAUUGUUGUACUGUCUUUAUCUUUGUUAAUCAUACCCUUUGUUCCUGCCACGAACCUGUUUUUCUAUGUCGGCUUUGUAAUUGCAGAGCGAGUAUUGUAUAUUCCUAGCAUGGGCUUCUGCCUCCUCAUUACAGUGGGUGCCAGAGCCCUUUAUGUCAGAGUCCAGAAGCGGUUUCUCAAGAGCUUGAUUUUUUAUGCUACAGCUACAUUAAUUGUUUUCUAUGGACUCAAGACUGCAAUCAGGAAUGGAGACUGGCAGAACGAGGAAAUGCUGUAUAGGUCAGGGAUAAAAGUAAACCCAGCUAAAGCAUGGGGUAACCUUGGAAAUGUUCUGAAGAGUCAGAGCAAAAUUUCCGAAGCUGAAAGCGCCUAUAGGAAUGCUUUGUACUACCGUAGCAACAUGGCUGACAUGCUUUAUAAUUUAGGGUUACUCCUGCAGGAGAACAGCAGGUUUGCAGAAGCGCUACAUUAUUAUAAACUGGCGAUCGGGAGCAGGCCUACACUGGCUUCUGCAUAUUUAAACACCGGUAUUAUUCUGAUGAACCAAGGAAAGACAGAAGAAGCCCGACGUACAUUCCUAAAGUGUUCUGAGAUCCCUGAUGAAAACCUAAAGGACCCUCAUGCGCAUAAGAGCUCGGUGACCAGCUGUCUGUACAACCUGGGAAAACUCUACCACGAGCAGGGACACUAUGAGGAAGCCCUUAGUGUAUAUAAAGAAGCAAUUCAGAAAAUGCCAAGGCAGUUUGCUCCACAGAGCUUGUACAACAUGAUGGGUGAAGCGUACAUGCGGUUAAGCAAACUCCCGGAGGCAGAGCACUGGUACAUGGAAUCACUGAGAUCCAAGACUGACCACAUUCCUGCUCAUCUCACCUAUGGGAAACUCCUAGCUCUAACGGGUCGUAAGAGUGAGGCUGAAAAGUUCUUCUUGAAGGCUAUUGAGCUGGAUCCCACCAAAGGAAACUGUUACAUGCAUUAUGGUCAAUUUCUUCUGGAAGAAGCUCGCCUGUUAGAAGCAGCCGAGAUGGCAAAAAAAGCAGCAGAACUGGACAGCACGGAGUUUGAUGUGGUCUUCAAUGCUGCCCACAUGCUCAGACAGGCCAGCCUCAAUGAAGCAGCCGAGAAGUAUUAUGAUCUGGCAGCCAGGCUGAGGCCCAAUUAUCCGGCUGCGCUGAUGAACCUGGGAGCCAUCCUGCACCUGAACGGCCGGCUGCACAAGGCCGAGGCCAACUACCUGCGGGCGCUGCAGCUCAAGCCGGACGACGUCAUCACGCAGUCCAAUCUCCGCAAACUCUGGAACAUCAUGGAAAAGCAAGGCUUAAAGACUUCCAAGACCUGACACAGGGGCAGCGCCUCUUCCUCCUCCACAUUCUCAAGCUGGCUUCCUUAACCAACAGGACUUCCCAGCGGGGCUAGGACAAGAGCUGGUUUGGACUUCAAGGCCAGGGCAGAGGUCACCGAGGUCACUGCCUCUUCUGGGAAUAUCCGCUUAGCUGUUGGCACAGCCUUUAACACCAAAAACGGGGGGGGGGGGGCAUUGGAAACCUCCUGAAGGAUGUAAUUGUUACCCACAGAACUAAACCAGAGCACUUAACAAAGGAGGAUCUCUUGGCCUUCUGAAUGAGGGACGGCGUCUAACUUCCAAAAUUUGUGCAUUUUUGAAAGCUAACUGAGAAAUUAUAUUGUUUCCUAAACACUGUGAGAGGAAGCCAGAGUGUCCAUUCAGCCACGGUAAACUAUGAAGGUCAAGUGUGCAUAGGAGAGAUUAACGUGUAGUGUGAACCCCAGGGAGCCGGUGGUCAUCCUGACCCUGCUGCCUUCCCUCUCUGAGACAGCCUGCUCAUCAAAAUUCUGCAACUUAGAAAACUCCUUUUUUUUUUUUUAAUACGAUGUCAGGACCUGUGAGAGUCUACACUUGUUUCCUGACUAGUGCACAUGCCGCGUUAUGAUUUGGAUGUCAGUCUUCACUUUCUUGGGAAUCAUUUGCUUUUCAUGAUCUGAAAAGGAUAUGCAGCGUAGCGAAACCCCCAUUUCACUCUGGUAUUGUAGGAGGGGCCAGGGAGGCCUCAUACUUGUCAGGCAGGCAUUUUUUACUUUAAAGUCGCCAAUAUUUAUCCCCCCACACACAAAAAAAAAAAAAAAAAAGAAAGAAAGAAAGAAAAAACUGCCUAGGAGAAUUCAUUGUGUUAAUUCUUAGGCUUUUGAAAUUGCCUUUUUAAAUGGCUAUUCCUGGUUAAUGCACAUGCUUAUAUAAGGAUUAUAACAAAAGAAAGCUUAAAGGUGUUCUAGCUCCAAUAACUAACCAGCAGCCAUUAGACAUAGGGAAGGUGCUUUGUGCUUUCCAGAUGUUACUGGUUAAAAAAACAAGGCUGCUCGAAGGAGUGUAUAAUGAUGGUUACCAAUGACUUUAUAUUUGGGAAAUGUUAUUAUGAAAUGCUAAUAUCUUUCUAAUAGGUACCAGAACAGUAAUGCUGAUACGGUUUUAAGGAAUUGUUUUUAUCGUAUUUUUCAUAUUUUGCUCUUCCCCCCCAAAAAAAACAUAAAAAUGACUUCUUAUUUUAAGCUGCAGUAGAGUGUAGCAUUAGCCUGCGUGUUUCUAGGUUUUCUGCCAAGUGCUUUUUACAGUUGAAAACCAUUUCUCACUAGCAAAUUUGGUAUUUUGUUUCAUUACCUAUUUGUAACCACUUCAACAUUCAUUUCACAAGUAAAGGAGUAUAAAAGAUGUAGAGAAGAACAUUUGUUGAACAUUUUUUUGACUUGCAGUCAGACUUUGCUACUAAAAGUUAACUUUGUGAAAACAAUAGCCCACUAUUAGCUUCUUCAUAAAGUAGAAACACAAUACUGUACAUAUUUAUUUAUUUAUUAUUCUAUAAUAGCAGAAUAACAAACAAAACUUGAUUCAUCAAGCCAAUUCCUUGCAACUGAAAAUUAGCCUUUUCUCCUUUACACUCAUGCUCCAUGUAUAUAUGGUCAGCAUCCUCAUUAAAGGGAAGCUGCACAUGCAAAUACAUCAUACUAUGUUUUCUCCAUAUUUUAUAUGUUUUUCUGCAUAUCUGAAUACAGUGGGAUAAAGAAUCUGAAGUAGUGUUCCUAUGGCAUUAGUGUUUUUGUAAGAAGGGCAAAUGUAGUGAGAGAGAUUUGGUGAUGGCAUUAAUAAGAAGGCCCUCCUACCAUGUAUAGUAUUUUGUAAACAUUUCACUGAGGGGCCAAAAGUUAAAUUAUAACUAAAUCACUGUGUUCUCAGAAUGAUAUUUAACAUUUAACAACAACAAACCCGUGGUCAAACCAAAAAUAGGGGUUGAAGUGUAUUUUUCAUCUUCUACUGCAUUGGCAAUUGCAAACAAAUAAAUACUACAAAAGGAAUUUAAUAUAAGGAUAUAGAAAUGAAUUCAAUGUCUAACAUUUUUAUUUAUUUAAAUAUUGACCUAUGAUGAUUUCCUAGUUUUAACACUUUAUGUCUUUUUAUUGUUAUUGUUCUUCCUUUCAAAACACUUGGUUCUUAAUAGGUUUGCUGAUUGCACAGUAGAGGCACUUCAUGUUGACCCAGUUCCCAAGUAGCAUUAAUAAUUGGGCCUGUGUCAUAAAAUGCAUGGAUCUUUAAUAACAAAAUGUCCCUGACACCUUCUAUUACAGGGCUGGGCUUAGACCAACUUGGGGGGAGGGCAACAGGGGGGCAUAAUAGAACAUGGUCAAAAAAGUCUCCGCUCAGGGAUUUAUGGUGGAUUAUUGCAGACAGUGCUAAAAAUAUAGAGCACAAGACAAGUUUACUAAAUUAAAAUUUUAUUUUUUGAGAAGCUGUUAUUUGUAUAAAUUAUCAAGAUUUGUAGGCUUUCCUUUUGUAGAAAUAAUUGUUUUAUGUGCCAGAGAAUUUCAAUUUUGUUUUCAACAAUAAAGCAUUGAUAACAAAUA